AUGCUAGCAAGCCCCCAAGGCCGCAAGCUAUACAACACCAAUAAUUCAGCCUGGAAGCCCCAACCAGUUCGCCGCUACCUUCGCCAGGUUGAGAGGUUCCUUGAAUACCUGCUCUUCCUUACCCACAUAACAGGCGGGCAGCCAGCACGAGGUACUGAAGUUACCACUACACGUUUCCGCAAUGGCUAUGUACAGGACCGAAAUAUCUAUGUCAUAGACGGCCAGGUGGUUUUUAUCAGUAGAUAUCACAAAAGUCAGGCAAUGUGGGAUAAGCCCAAGGUGAUAGCGCGCUUCUUGCCCUGGAGAGUCGGUCAGUUAUUCGCUGUCUUUCUAGCCUAUGUCCAGCCGCUUGCUGAAUACCUUGAGGGCGAGAGACUCAACAGAACCCCCACAGAUUAUGUGUGGUCUGGCAAUACUGGCCCCUGGGAGACAAGCCGGCUUAGCCAGAUUAUCGCCAGAGAGACCCAACGUUGGCUAGGCUGCAGGCUUACUACCCUUGAAUAUCGCCAUACAGCCAUCACAAUUGGGAGAGAAGUGGUUAGUAAGGAGUUUGGUGAGGGCACUCAAGAAGCACUUACAAAGGGGGAUUUAGAGGAGCCUGAACAGCAGCUUGAAAGCGGCCUUGAUCUCCAGGCAGGUCGUUCUGAACUCACCGGAACGCUACGCUAUGGCGUUGAGAUGGGCAUCGUUUCACACCUCAGCCACCGCUCAGUGCAGGUGUUUCGUGAUCUAAGCAGCAAGUGGCACCGCUUCCUCCAGUUGUCAAGCACGCUACCCAACCCGCUUACGCCAGUAAGCAUAGCCAAAGCUGCUGGUAUCUUACGCCAAAAUCAAGGCCCGCCUGCAAAAUCUUUGCCAGCACAGCCCGCGCAGGACCAAGCAGAGCCUGCAAUAGUUAAUGAUUCAGAAAUUCAAAUUCUGGUUCAAAAGGUGGUUCAAAAAGAGGGACCGAUUACCUUCAAGUCACCAGAGCAGGAAAUUGCCCUGCGCGCUAUCCUGGCUGGAGAGACACCGCUUGUUGUUGUUCUUCCAACAGGUGGCGGGAAGAGUCUUCUCUUCAUGGCGCCUGCGUGCCUCUCGGACCCAGGGGUUACUAUUGUUGUUGUCCCAUUCCGUGAGCUGCUGAAAAACCUGAAAACGCG